UCUGCAGCUGCACUUUACAUGAACUGCACUUUCAUUUUGAUGUUUGCAGUUACUGAAUGCGGACGGGGGGCUGCUCUGAGAGCUUUACAAUAUGCUUUGGUGAUACAUCGUUCUGAAUCUGUUCUGUACCCUGACUACUCAUGUCUCCACUUGAGCCAACCACAAGUGAGCCAACCCAUUCUGCUACUUUCUCACACGUCUCUGUCUCUUGUCUGCGUGACACUGAAGCAACAACCUCUGACAACUGACAGCAGCGGUUAGCUCCACACUGCAUCGUUUUUCAGCUACGCAGAGAGCACUGUAGGUAUGGCCGAGGGUGGAUAUCCCUCUCCGUAUGUGGUGGACAGCCGUGCCCCUUGGCCCCCAGUGCCACCCAGGCUGAGACAAGGACAACGGCGUGCCACGGUGGCACAGACCCUGCUGUUCGUGCUGGUGGCCGUGGCGUUGUGCGGCAUGGCCAUAGAAGCCUGCUUCAUCUACCGUCUCUACCAACAUGAACCUGGCACCUCAGCAUCAUCCUCUAAGAUCAUUGCAGGUGAAGACGUCCCUCCUCCACCUACCAAGCCCAGUUUUGAUAUUCUUCCUUCCAAACCGGUUGCACAUCUGACAGUUGGAGAAAGCAUAGUUCAUAAAAAUUACAUCCUGGCAUGGAACAUGGACUCAGACCCUCUCCUCUACAAGAUGGACUACAAUGACGGACGUCUUUUAAUUCUGAAGGAGGGUUUUUACUACGUCUAUUCCAAGGUUUCCUUCUCAGACAACGGUAUAUUUCACCACUCUGUUGAACUGGACACUAAACUGUUCGCUGGGAAAAGCAUAUCCCUUCUGUUAUCCAGAAAAUACUCUGAAAAAAUAUCCACCAACAGGCUAUCCAACAGCUACCUGGGUGGAGUGUUUCACCUCCACAAAGACGAUGCUCUCUUUGUGAAAGUGAAUAAUGCCUCAAAAGUUGUGCGAUCCAAAUUCUCUGAAAACACUUUUGGCGCUUAUAUGAUUUAAAUAUCACAUUGAUAUUUCACCAUGAAACUGAAAUUUUGGGGUAAGAGUCAAUAAAAGCGGAUGCAAAAUGUUAGAGAAUCUUUCCGAGGAUUAAUGAGUCUCUUUGUAAAGACUGUGGUGACGAAACCCCUUUCACUUUUCACAUCAGGGACUUUUUAUAUGCUUACACGUACUCACUUUAAACUUAACCUUCUGAAUGUUACAAAAUGACUCAUCAUAGACAGGCUAUAAAUAUAUAUGUCAUGUUAAUGCUAAAAUGUAAGCAUAAAAACUGUAACGUUACACACUUCUUUUUAUUCUAGCUGAGGCACAUACUGCACGCUAUUUGUUUGUUCUUCCAUUGGUAGAAUGAAUGAUAGAACUGCUUUAAUUCCACUGUAUUUAUGCAAUGUAUAUAAAACAACAAAAUAAACAGAU